AUGAGUGAAGUGAACCAGGAAAAAGGCCAGGCGGAAGACGCCAACAGUUUCCUCAGCCCUUAUCUGUCGAAAAACCCUCCGCCGGUGAUUGAAGACCCAUAUGCGGUACCCAUUGAAGACAUUAACGUCAUUGAUGGUCGAUUGUUUCAACGCGACAUUCACUGGGCACAUUUCAAACGCCUGCGCGAAGAAGAUCCGGUGCAUUUUAAUGAGCUGCCUGGAAUCGGACGCUAUUGGUCACUGACGAAGUUUGAAGACAUCAUGUUUGUCGAUACCCAUCACGAACUGUUUUCAUCCGCGCACGGAAUCUCACUGGGCCCACAGAUUGAUGGUCCGAGGCAGCCCGAAGCGCUGCAGUUUUCGAACUUCAUUGCCAUGGAUCCACCGAAACAUGACCUGCAGCGGGCAACUGUCACAGGUGUGGUGGCGCCGCGGAACCUGGCCAAGCUGGAAUCCACCAUCCGCGAACGGACGCAAAAAGUGUUGCGUGGAUUACCGGUUGGGGAAACGUUUAACUGGGUAGAUCGUGUCUCCAUAGAGCUGACCACACAGAUGCUGGCCACGCUGUUUGAUUUCCCGUUUGAAGAGCGGCGUAAAUUAACCCGAUGGUCUGAUGUGGCCACGGCACCGCCAGGAACCGGUAUUGUUGACACUGCAGAGCAGCGACGUGAGGAGUUAAUGGAGUGCCUGGCUUAUUUCACAAAACUCUGGAACGAGCGGAUCAACAAGGAACCGGGCACUGAUCUGAUUUCCAUGCUCGCUCAUGGCAAAGACACCAAAAACAUGCAGCCCUUCGAGUUUCUGGGCAAUCUGAUUCUGCUGAUUGUCGGGGGUAACGAUACCACCAGGAAUUCAAUGAGUGCCGGGGUGCUCGCUUUGAAUCAGAACCCGGCUGAAUAUGAAAAAUUACGCGCCAACCCGGGUCUGAUCUCGAAUAUGGUGCCAGAGAUUAUCCGCUGGCAGACGCCGCUACCGUAUAUGCGUCGCACCGCUAAUCAGGACAUAGAGAUCCGUGGUAAACAGAUCAAAGUCGGCGACCAGCUGCUGAUGUGGUACGUCUCAGGAAACCGCGAUGAAGAGGCGAUAGACCGGCCCAAUGAAUUUCUGAUUGAUCGGCCUAACGCGCGUCAUCAUUUAUCGUUUGGUUUUAGUAUUCACCGUUGUAUGGGCAAUCGUCUGGCUGAAAUGCAGUUACGGGUGUUAUGGGAAGAAAUAUUGCCGUUAUUCAGGAAGGUUGAGGUGGUCGGAGAGCCUCAGCGACUGCGUUCGAGCUUCGUACGCGGGAUCACCGACCUGCCAGUGCGGGUGUAUCCCCACUAA